GUCUCAUUUGAUUCAUUCUUAUCUACAAAAAUACCACAGAAUCAAAAAUUUCCACAAACCAUAGAGAAAUCUCACCAAAAAAAAAUCCCAGAUUUCACCAAAAAUCAUCAGUCAUGGCGUUAGCAGGUGCAAGUAAUCUAACUGCACCAUUCCCAAUCCCAAAAUCCCCAUUCAAAAAGCUUCAGAACAAACCCAGAAUCUUUGCUAUUCACUCCCUAGAGAAAUCAAACUCAUCAUCAUCAAAUCCAUUAAAAGUUUCAUCAAAUUGGAGUUUAGAUAGUUGGAAAACUAAAAAGGCAUUACAAAUCCCAGCUUAUAAUGAUAAACAAGAACUUAAAGAUGUAUUAAAACAACUUGAAAGAUUCCCACCAUUAGUGUUUGCAGGUGAAGCAAGGAAAUUAGAAGAAAGAUUAGCUGAUGCUGCUGUUGGUAAAGCUUUCUUACUUCAAGGUGGUGAUUGUGCUGAGAGUUUCAAAGAAUUUGGUGCUAAUAAUAUUAGGGAUACAUUUAGGGUUUUGUUGCAGAUGGGUGUUGUCUUGACAUUUGGUGCUCAAAUGCCUAUUAUCAAGGUGGGAAGGAUGGCGGGGCAAUUUGCGAAACCAAGGUCUGAUCCAUUUGAGACAAAAGAUGGGGUGACACUGCCUAGUUAUCAAGGAGAUAACAUCAAUAGUGAUGCAUUUGAUGAGAAAUCUCGCAGACCAGAUCCUCAGAGGCUUUUGACAGCUUAUGCACAGUCUGCGUCCACAUUGAAUCUUCUUAGAGCUUUUGCUGUUGGAGGAUAUGCAGCUAUUCAGAGAGUUACAAAGUGGAAUUUGGAUUUUGUUGAGAACAGUGAGCAGGGUGAUAAGUAUAAGGAGCUUGCGCAGAGAGUGGAUGAAGCUCUUGGGUUUAUGGCGGCAGCUGGACUUACUGUGGAUCAUCCCAUAAUGACUACUACUGAAUUUUAUACGUCUCAUGAAUGUCUUCACCUUCCUUAUGAGCAAUCGCUGACAAGAGAAGAUUCUACUAUGGAUGGUGGUCUCUUUUAUGAUUGUUCUGCUCACAUGCUUUGGGUUGGCGAGAGGACUCGUCAGUUGGAGGGUGCACAUGUUGAAUUUCUCCGUGGUGUGGCCAAUCCCCUUGGCAUAAAGGUAAGUGACAAGAUGGAUCCAGCAGAGCUCGUGAAAUUGUGUGAAAUUCUUAACCCUCACAAUAGACCUGGAAGGCUGACCAUCAUCGUCAGAAUGGGAGCUGACAAAAUGCGAGUGAAGCUCCCACAUUUGAUUAGAGCUGUACGCCAAGCUGGGUUAAUUGUCACAUGGGUGAGUGACCCCAUGCAUGGAAACACCAUCAAAGCUCCAUGUGGCCUCAAGACCCGCUCAUUUGAUGCCAUCAGAGCGGAACUGAGGGCAUUUUUUGACGUUCAUGAUCAAGAAGGAAGUUACCCAGGAGGAGUUCAUUUGGAGAUGACAGGACAGAAUGUCACAGAGUGCGUCGGAGGGUCAAAGAAUGUGACUUUCGAUGACUUAGAAUCAAGAUACCACACUCACUGUGAUCCAAGGCUGAAUGCUUCACAAUCUCUAGAGCUUGCUUUUGCUAUUUCAGAGAGACUAAGAAAGAAAAGACUUAGAAGAUCAGCAAACCAAACCGUUCUCCAAAGUCAGAACUAAGGAGCGUUCUGAUUAUUCUGCCUGCUUAUAGAGAAAUCUUCACAUCUAAUCCAAUAAUCUUUUUUUUCUUCGAUCCAUACAACGUGGGCAAGUUUUCUUGACAGAUGCUUGAUCUUUUUCUCACUGAAUCGCUCGUUUGUAAUUGUAGGAACAAGAAGAAUCUGUGAUGUUAUCUUUUUUCGCACUGUUGACGGCCAAUUUGCCUGAAUAAAUCUUUAUUAUAAUAUAUCAGAAAGCUUGUUUCAGCAGAAA